AUUGGGCAUCAGUUGUAUUCUGCAGUAAAGUGAAAGUGACUCAUCAGUCAAGUGAAAAACUAAAUAUUACUUCUUGUGCUUUCAAGUGACAGUCUUAAAAAAUCCAUACAAAAUGCCUUGCCCAUGCGGAAGCGGUUGCAAAUGCGCCUCUCAGACCAACAAGGGUUCCUGCAACUGUGGCAGUGACUGCAAAUGCGGUGGAGCGAGCAAAAGCAAGUGCGGCUGCUCCAAGUGAACUCGUCAGCAAUAGUACACACGCACACAUACAUACAUUCAUUAAAUUAUAAUUAGAUUCGAUCUUUUACGGCUAGUUGCUCUUGCGGAGACAACUACAUACACACCUACAUACAUACAUACAUACAUACAUAGAUGUGAAGAAAAGCUCAUUCAGCAACACAAAUUGAAUAAUGUGCAAUAAACCAAAUUGAAAUUAAA